AUGAACAACCAAACCUGUCCAACGGCCGUCAAGGGCGCCAUCCACCCGGACUGGGAACUCUCCAACUUCACCAGCCCAGCCUGCUCCAUCCCCGUCUGCUCAAACAACACGGCGAUCCUCUCCUCCUGCUGCUCCACCCCAACGAGCAAUUUCACCACCUUUUCCGCCUCAGACAGCGACCAACAGUACGCCGCAUGCACGCUACCCGACGCCGAAUUCGCCAACCAGAGCGCCGAAGCCGCCGGCCAGGACUACGCCACCUGCCUGCUGCGCGGCUACGCCACGGCCUUCCGCUGCAACUACCCGAUGGGCGACACCGGCACCGACGGCGGCGUCGGCGCCGGCUCGCUCCUCGACACCUGCCCGCUGGCGUACCCCAGCUGGUACACGCUGCCUGUGAAGACUAACCGCACCAUUUGCGGGAUGACGGCGGAUGCGAACAGCACGGCGGCGCUGCAGAGCUGUGGUUGCGGCGAGCCGUAUGCGGCGUUGCAGGGCUGCUUUGAGUAUUGCCAGUCUGAGAGUAAGGAGUUGGAGAGCUGCAUGAGCGGGCAUAAUGAUUCUCGUUCGGUGUUUUGUAGGUGGACGGAUGCGAGUGGGGCUGCUGUGUCGGUGGGGGUGGUGCAUGGUGAGACUAAGUUGGCGUUUGCGGUGGGAGCUUGGCUUUUGGUUUCUCAGCUUUUGUAA